GAGACGCCAUGCAUUCCAUAUUUUCUGACAUGUAGGCAUGAGGAGUUAAACUGCCGGCACUCUUUGUGGGCUGAAAGCCACCCCCACACAAGGAAGUGCUUAUAUGUCUCAGGCAGGAAAAGGGAAGUGGGGCAGUUUGUGAGUAGAAAGUUUUCUUUACUUCAUUCAGAGUUCCGCCGGAGUUCGUGUUGACUGCUCAGAGUCCAUGAACUGAGGCUCCUGCUCUCACCUCAUCGGCCCGUUCUCUCCUCAGCUUUCUGCAGUCCGGUCAUCAGCCAUGGCUUACCACAGUUUUCUACUGGAACCCAUCAGCUGCCAUGCCUGGAGCAAGGACAGAACCCAAAUUGCAUUGUGUCCAAACAAUCAUGAAGUUCAUAUCUACAAGAAGGAUGGAGUCAGGUGGACAAAGAUCCAUGAACUGAAGGAGCACAAUGGCCAGGUGACAGGCAUCGACUGGGCCCCGGAGAGCAACCGUAUCGUCACCUGCGGCACCGACCGCAACGCCUACGUGUGGAGCCUGAAGGGCGACGCAUGGAAGCCCACCCUGGUCAUCCUCAGGAUUAACCGCGCUGCCCGCUGUGUCAAGUGGUCCCCCAGAGAGAACAAGUUUGCUGUGGGGAGUGGCUCCCGCCUCAUCUCAGUCUGCUACUUUGAGCAGGAGAAUGACUGGUGGGUUUGCAAACACAUCAAAAAGCCAAUUCGCUCCACAGUCCUCAGUUUAGACUGGCAUCCCAACAAUGUGCUGCUGGCUGCCGGAUCCUGUGAUUUCAAGUGCAGGAUUUUCUCUGCCUACAUCAGAGAGGUGGAGGAGAAGCCAGCACCCACACCCUGGGGCUCCAAGAUGCCUUUUGGGGAGGUGAUGUUUGAGUCAACUGGCACUGCUGGGUGGGUCCACAGUGUGUGCUUCUCCAGCAGUGGGAACCGGGUGGCCUGGACCAGCCAUGACAGUAUGGUGGCUGUGGCUGAUGGUGGGAAGACCACUGUUAUCAACAGCCUGAGCUCGGAAACCCUCCCCCUCCUGUGUGUGACGUUCAUCACUGAGAACAGCUUGGUAGCAGCGGGGCAUGACUGCUACCCAGUGCUCUUCGUUUAUGAUGCCGACAAGGCGACUCUCACCUUUGGUGGAAGGCUGGAUGUGCCCAAGCAGAGUUCCCAGCGAGGAAUGACCGCCAGGGAGCGCUUCCAGAACCUGGACAAGAAGGCCACCUCCGAGACCAAGGAAGCCGGGCUGGAUUCCCUGCACAAGAACAGCAUCAGCCAAAUCUCUGUUCUGGAUGGUGGAAAAGCCAAGUGUGCUAAAUUCUGCACCACUGGAAUGGAUGGGGGGAUGGCAAUUUGGGAUGUCAAGACACUAGAAUCUGCAAUGAAAGAUCUGAAGAUAGUUUAACAUGUUGUAAUCAAAUUCAAAUGGUAACUUCUACAUCAACCUUUUUGUAUAUCCACACUACAUUCACAUUGUACUAGCAGUCAUGUCAUCAAUAAACAAAAGAUCCAUCGGAGUGCGUUCUGAA